AUGGUCAUCGUCCCUGAGGACUACAAUUUUUUGUCUCGCCCCGUGGGAGUUCCUAGUUAUCUAAGACCUCUCGUUUCAGAUUUGGACAAAGAGAAGAUGGAGGGACUCUUGUGUAAAUGCCUUUUAAACGAGGCAACCAAGAAAGAGAACCUCCGGUUGAAGACUGAGCUCGACGAAGCAGUCGAAAAGAGCAAAGUCCGGGAAGAGGACAACAAACAUCUCAAUCGAGCGAACACUGAAUAUGCCACCAAACUUGGUGAGUUUGAAGCUACCAUAACGCAAUUGGGGGAAGGGCUUGAUUCGGUUAAAGACGAGGCUGCAAAAAUGGAGGAGAAUUUCAGGCAUCUCGAAGCCGAGAGGGCCAUAGAGAAGGACACGUUAAAGACUGUUGAAGAAAAGGCCGAGACUCGAGCCUGGAUCAGUGAUGAACUCAAGAGUAAGCUCGAGGCCGUUGUCCGAGCUAAUGAUGCCCUUCAGGCCGAGCUAGCAGCUUCCAACGAGGUUCGGGUCGCUCUGAGCGAUAUGAUGUCCGAACUGGAGGAAACACUAAAGAGAGCUCAGGUCGACCUGGAGGAAGCCCAUAAAGAUAUUGAGGCUACCGAGGCUCGUUCCACCCUUCUGGUAGAACUCGAGAAGUGGAGGUCUCGAAGGUCUACACUUGAGGCGAUUCAGCGGGGUAUUGAAGAUAUCCCUGCUCGUAUAACCGACUCAAAGAUGAUCGAGGAUAGGGCCAGGAAAACUCUCAAGGAUAGCUCCGAGGAAGACCCUGAAGAGUCCGGCUUUGAAGACUCGGGUUCUUUUUCGACGGAGUAA